UAAGCGUUACCGCUAUCUGGUUGACAACAAACAAGGUCAGAAGGUCUGUGCUCCCGGAGGAGAUGUCCCCAGGUGAAAGCGCAGCAGAAUGUAACGGUGCUUCUUACGGGCUGUCCUCGCAUCUUCUCGGCCAUCACAAGUCCCCCCCUUUUCCGCUACUCGGACGGUGCGGAGAUUCGGUGUUUUCGGGGGAUGGGUGUUGCACGGACGGUCAGCAGAGGCGACUAACGUUUGAAAAGAUGUCCAACAUCCUCGAUGCGGCGUCCAGAGUGAAAUGGGACCGCACGACUGCGGCGAAGAGAGCCGUGUUGCUGGCGGCUGCAGCUUACGGUGUUAAAACGCUGUACCCCAUCAUCUGGAAGCAGCUCUGCGGGAGCAGAAAGCCGAACCGCGACCGCCGGGAGUCAAAGGCGGAGAACGGCUCGACGUGUUCCGGGAAAGUGCAGAUAGACGUCGUGGAUGAUAGGAAAGCAUCCCCGGGAGUCAACGCGGAGUUUUUCAAGCAGAUCCUGGAACUUGGUAAAAUCCUCUUCCCCAGGCUCGUUUCCAGAGAGCUAGGUUUGCUGUGCUUGCACUCGGUGGCGCUGAUAUCCAGGACAUUUCUGUCUAUUUACGUGGCCAGCUUGGACGGGAAGAUAGUCAAGACGAUCGUGGAGAAAAAGCCCCGGCACUUCAUCAUCCAGCUGAUGAAAUGGCUCCUCAUCGCGAUCCCGGCCACGUUCGUCAACAGCGCCAUCCGGUACCUAGAGUGCAAGCUGGCUCUGGCCUUCCGCACCCGGCUGGUCAACCAUGCUUACCGGACCUAUUUCACCGAUCAGACCUACUAUAGGGUCAGCAACAUGGACGGGAGGCUCGCCAACCCGGACCAGUCGCUCACCGAGGACGUGAUGAUGUUCUCCCAGUCGGUGGCCCAUCUGUAUUCCAACCUAACCAAGCCGAUCCUGGACGUGAUGCUGACCUCCUACACGCUGAUUCAGACCGCCAGGGCGAGGGGCGCCAACGCCAGCGGGCCGACCCUGCUGGCCGGGCUGGUGGUCUUUGCCACGGCCAAGGUUCUGCGUGCAUGCUCCCCCAGGUUUGGCAAGCUGGUUGCAGAGGAGGCGCACAGAAAGGGCUACCUACGCUACGUGCACUCCAGGAUUAUUGCUAACGCUGAGGAAAUAGCUUUUUACAGAGGACACAAGGUGGAGAUGUGUCAGCUGCAGAAGUGCUACCGGGCCCUGGCCGACCAGAUGAACCUGAUCCUGUCCAAGCGCCUCUGGUACAUCAUGAUCGAGCAGUUCCUCAUGAAGUACGUGUGGAGCGGCUCCGGCCUCGUCAUGGUGGCCGUGCCCAUCAUAACGGCCACGGGCUUCGCCGACAACGAAACGGCAGACGGACAGGCGCAGAUGAUGGUGAGCGAGAGGACGGAGGCGUUCACCACCGCCCGGAACCUCCUGGCGUCCGGAGCCGACGCCAUCGAGAGGAUCAUGUCCUCCUACAAAGAGGUCACAGAGCUGGCAGGUUACACGGCGAGGGUCCACAACAUGUUUGUAGUGUUUGAGGACGUCCAGAGGGGGAUCUACAAGCGCUCCUCUCUGUCCGCCACCACAGGAACGACGCUGAAAAGCAAACCCGAGAUGCACAUAGACGGGCCGCUGGAGAUAAAAGGUGAAGUGAUUGACGUGGACAGAGGCAUCGUGUGCGAGAACGUCCCGAUCAUCACGCCGAACGGGGAUGUGGUUGUGUCGUGCCUGAAUCUAAAGGUGGAAGAGGGCAUGCACCUGUUGAUCACGGGGCCAAACGGAUGCGGGAAAAGCUCUCUGUUCAGGAUCCUCAGCGGGUUGUGGCCCGUCUACGGCGGCCGCCUACACAAACCUUCGCCCGAGCACAUGUUCUACAUCCCCCAGAGGCCAUACAUGUCAAUGGGCUCUCUGCGAGACCAGGUGAUCUACCCAGACUCAGUGGAGGACAUGGCUGCCAGAGGGCUGACCGACAAGGACCUGGAGGCCAUCUUGGACAUCGUCAACCUCAAUCACAUCGUCACCAGAGAGGGAGGCUGGGAUGCUGAGCUAGACUGGAAGGACGUUCUGUCUGGAGGCGAGAAGCAGAGGAUGGGCAUGGCUCGCAUGUUCUACCACAAGCCCAAAUACGCCCUGCUGGAUGAGUGCACCAGCGCUGUGAGCAUCGACGUGGAGGGAAAGAUUUUCCAGGCUGCCAAGGACGCCGGCAUCUCGCUGCUCUCCAUCACACACCGACCGUCCCUGUGGAAGUACCACACCCACCUGCUGCAGUUCGACGGCGAGGGCGGCUGGCGUUUCGAGGAGCUGGACUCGGCGACCCGCCUCUCCCUCACCGAGGAGAAGCAGCGGCUGGAGGCCCAGCUCGCCGGCAUCCCCGAGAUGCAAAACCGCCUCAACGAGCUCUGCAAGAUCCUGGGAGACGACUCCGUCCUCAAAACAGCCGAGGAGUGAGAGCGAAGACGGGAGGUGGAGGUGGAGGCGACGAAGGAAAGCAAAAUCUAGCAGCUUUCCGUAAGCUUUUUUUUUUUAUUUUCUUUUUUUUGCUCCAAAUGGGAGCUUCUGAAGACUUGAGCCCUGCUGUCUCCACCCCCCCCCCUUUUAUUCCUACACACCAACUGUAUGUUCAGUGGUACUUUUAAAAGUUGGGUUUUAGCAGUUGUUACAAGCAAAAGCGACAGAAACGACGACCCUCAGAUUAACUAAAAUGAUUGUUCAGUUCGUGAUCUAAUAGCACUUUACAUUUAGAGGGCCGCCUCUACUUAUUGUAAUUGUUCAUGCUGAUACACAGGCAUCUGUUAUUGGUGGGUUGUUGUUUUUUACCGAAAGCAGUGUUGCAAGGGACGACAAAGACGGCUGUCAUUCUGUUGUGUUUUUUUAACCUCCAGCUCAGCAAAAUAUUUCGCCGUAACGAGAGUUCCGCUUCUAUUUUUCAUACCUUUUCUCAAACCGUUUUCUGGCGUUUCGCGUCGUCUCCCGAAGCUUCUGCCGAAGGGAGCAGAUGCUCGGUUGUCCUUCAGCUCGCGCGAAUGUUUUGCUCCUGGUCAAGCCGGUGGCUACGACAGCAGCCUUGGUUCUGCUGUCGACAGAAACACAUACGUCCUCUGAGAUAUAUAGACGGGAGAUUGCCUCUAGAUUACACUUAUAGUCCGGUCUCAAGUCGAACCUUCCCAACUUUUCCUUGUAUAGGGAAGCAAAACACGAGUUCAAAUGGCGUCUCCUCUGACCGUUUGUUACGGGACAUUCUAUGGCGUUCUUUCGGCGACGGUACCCUUCUCCCGUUAAUAACCAGUUUUUCCGAACGUUUAGCGGGUUGAACCUAAUUCUCAAUUAUACAUAGUGCAUUUUAUUUUGUUUGUUUUUAAAUGCACUUUAUUGUUCCCGAUAGCUGUUGAUGGCACGUCCUGCGGCGUGCACGGAGGAAAGGCUGUACUUGAGGAUUGUUUAGACGUUCUAGAUUUUUCCUUUCCGCUGUCGUUUCGUUUUGACGACUCUGAUCGCAUCGGAGGUCGCGAUACUGUGAAACUACCGAAUUGUGGCGUAAACUCAACCACUUCCUCCUCUUCAGGGUUUUUUUUUUUUUUUUUUUUUUGGCCUAAUCAGGUUCAAACCUGUGUACACGCUCGCUAACGUCCUGCAUGAAUCAAAUCAAGAGCAGGAGCUUAUGCCUUAUGAAUAUAAACAUUCAAGUGUUCCUAAAAAAAUUUUUUUUACCUCAGCACAACCUGUUAAUACCUUGUUUUAUGUAGAUGUUUAAAGUAAUGACAACGUUUAAAGAACCACUGCUUUAUUUGUAUGAAACUCAUCAUACAAUUGUUUUCAAAACCGCAGCUGAGCAACACAGUAUUGCCCCGCCCCCACCUGUUGCUGCCUCGCUUUUUCAGACAUUCGCCUGCCUAAAAAAAAAAAAAGAUCUUAAAAAAAAAAAAAUCGUCAAUUGAUUGCAGAGUUUUUACAGCGGUGGGAAUGAUGCCAGCUUUUUGGUUUUAAAUAAACACGGUCCUUUUUUUGUUUGUUUUGUUUGUUUCCUUUUUUUUAAAACGUUCUACCGUUUGUAAGUUCUGUGCGAAAACAGCGCCGCAGUGACACUGUGAGGUUUUUUUACAGGAUCUCCAACCAGCCCGAGCCCAUGGCGGCAGAGAAUAAAAACUGACAAUCAACACCAUCGUGGGCAGAAUGUAAACGGACGUGCUGCCUCUUUUUAAGACUCAAAGCAUUUCACCCGGAACGUGACGACGUUUCCUACUGAACAUGUAACGUGUCGGGACGGAGCAACCUCGAAACCUUCAAUCGCUACUUUAAAGAAAGCUUUAGAUCGGCUGGGUGAUGGUGUUUUCUCAGAUUUCUGAUGGGCUUUUUUCCCCUCACAAUAAUAAAAAAAAAAAUAUUAAUGAAGAGCAAAAAAAAAAAAAAAAAUGGCUACUGAAAAUGUAAACAGCUACUAGUAUUUUUGAAUAAUGGCUAUGAAAUGCAUGGAGAUAAAGAAUUCAUUUGGUAUGAAAGAAGCACCUUGUAAAAUUGAUGUGUUUUAAAAAAAAAAUUUGUUUGUAAAUGAACUGGAUUUUCUGCUUUCAGCCCAGACUUUGUCGACAAGGGGACACACAAGCCGCUGAAUGACACAGAGUCUGCCUAGUAACAUUUGAGCACGCUUUCCGCGGCUUUAAACGGUGCUUGGUUGUUGCAGUUUGUUUUUGAGUGAGAAAAAGAGAAAGAAUCUUCACGUUCAAAGGACGGGAUAGAAAAUGAUGGAGGGCCCUCUUCCUGAUAUGAUUGUGCCCAUUUGUUAGGUUGUGUUCAGAUUUGUUUUAAAUAAUAUUUUACAUGUUUUAGGUAACGAUGGUUCUCUGCCCCAGUUUUUUCCCUCAAUUAAAACCCUAACGCUUGAUACUAAA